AUGGCAGUGCAGCAGUGCACGGUGGCGCUCUUCGUGGCCGUCGCCAUCGUGGCCGGGUCAGCCAUCUCGUACGCUGCCGAAGCCGGCCACGCCCCGGCCGGGGCACAACCCAAGGCCACAACCGAGGAGCAGAAGCUAAUUGAGAAGGCCAACAAUGCCUUCAAGGCGGCCGUGGCGGCCGCAGCCGUGGUCCCUCCAACAGACAAGGACAAGUGUUUCCAUACCACCUUCAUCCAGAACUUUGGCGACUGGUCACUCGACGGGUUCACCAACGCGUCCAGCACCAACGCCAGUUUCAGCACCAGGGUCUCCUUCGCUCAGGUGGCGGCCUCCAAGAUCGCCCAGGGCGCUACCCCGGAGGCCAAGUACGACUCCUUCGUGGCCAUUUUCGGCGAGUCGCUCCGCAUCAUCGCCGGCAUCCUUGAGGUCCACGCCGUCAAGCCCGCCCGCGAGGAAGUCAAGGGGCCGAUCCCUGCCGGGGAGCUCAAGGCCAUUGACCAGAUCGACACCGCCUUCAGGACUGCAGCCACCGCCGCCGAUGCUGCCCCAGCCAAGGAUAAGUCCACUGUCUUUGACUCCGCCUUCAGCAAGGCCAUCAAGGAGACGAUGGGCUGUGCAUACGAGGCCUACAAGUUCGUCCCCGCCCUCGAGUCCGCCAUCAAGAAGACCUACGCCUUUUUUGUUCCUGAUAGGCCCCAGGACAAGAACAUGGUCUUUGAGAACGCCCUGACCGACACCAUCAUCGCCCUGGCCUCCGCAGCCGCCGCCCCCGCCCCCACUCCCGCCGCCGCCGCCGGUGGCGACAAAGUCUGAGCUCAUUGUUACCUACUACUGCACGCAUGUAUGCAUAUGCGCAUACAUGACUGUGGCGACCAGGUAUUUUGAUCGACAAUCAAAAUCAAUUCCUGGUUUUCGUUUCA